UCUUCUACCAAGACAUAUAUAAGUAUGUGCUGCAGCUUCUUUCAUAUGUCACUCUGACAGCCUCACUGCAUCGACUCGUCUGGUCAGUGGCAACAGGUGAGAACAUGGGACUUUCGUCAUUUGUGUGUUUCUUUCUUGUCGGCUGCGUCUGUUGCAGCACAGCUAUGCCGACCACACUCAACGAGCCGUCUCUGAAUGACAGACCUGUGAUCGGUAUUUUGGCUCAGGUCGUUUCAGAUGAUGACUUGAAACCAUUCGGGACGACGUUCAUACCUGCCUCCUAUGUGAAAUACAUCGAGUCCGGGGGCAGCAGGGUGAUGCCAAUCAGGUUGACUCUUACUACUGCAGAAUAUAAAAAGAUCUUCAAGAGGAUAAAUGGCCUGCUUUUAAUCGGAGGAGCUGUGGAUUUGGAGACAUCGGACUUUGCCAGGGUGGCGAAUAUUUUCUAUAGACUCGCUCUGACGGCCAACGACGAUGGCGACUUCUUCCCAAUCUGGGGCACAUGCAUGGGCAUGCAGCUCCUGACUGUGCUGGUGGCCGGGAAAAAUCUGCUGGCAAACACCACAGCUGAGAACAUUGCAUUGCCCCUCAACCUGACCACAGAGGCCCACUCCAGUAGGAUGUUUGAGGGUUUCUCCGAGGAGUUUAUGAAGGUUUUGACCCAAGAACCCCUGACUGGCAAUUUCCACCACUACGGACUUACAGUAGAGACCUUCCGGGAAAAUGAGAAGCUGAAGAAUUUCUUUAACCCUUUGUCUACAAACGUUGCUGAAAACGGAGUCCACUUCGUCUCAACCCUGGAAGGCAAGAGUUAUCCCUUCUAUGGAGUGCAGUGGCACCCAGAGGUGAAUCGGUUUCAGUGGGACAGAAAGCUGAACUUUCCUCACUCCGCUCACGCUGUUCAGUUAUCAUCUCUGCUGGCCGAGUUUUUUGUCAAUGAAGGAAGGAGAAGUUUACAUCAGUUCGACAAUCCCGAGGAAGAGGCCUCAUCUCUGAUUUACAGCUACACGCCUGUCUAUGCUGGGAACUUCACCGGAUAUGAGCAGCUCUAUUUCUUCUGAAUUCUUCUGAAUUGACUUUGUGUGUCAACCCGUGGAUGUACAAAACAACACUUCACAUACAGUUUAUUGUGCAACACAGAAGUGCAGACACUGCGUUCACUUGUGUAAGUCUCGGCUUGGCCCCGACACAAAAGGUUGACUUCAGCCGUGUGUGUGCUGCUCAGAACCCAUUUCUAUUUCACCGGGGAGAAGUUCCCGCACCAGUGUUUUUUACGCUCGGUUUGUAUAAAUGUCAACACUUUUGUGUCAAUAAAUAAAUAUCGGUUUUGACAAAACAA